UAACAAAAAGGACCGAACGCCAACCGAGACUUCACCAGUCGGUCGAAUCAUCUCGUAGCGAACGGUUCGAUCCCGAAAGAAUUCUUCAACAAAACCAGCAGGUUCUCUCGUACAGAAUAUCCAAAAAGUAUUUUUUUUUCAACGCUGUCGACUAGCUCCAACCACCUGUCGGAAUGGACUCCAGGAAGAAGAUGAGCUUCUCUUCGGCCAGCAUCGAGUUCAUUUACAUGGCAGCGUCGCCGCCCUGCCGCGCCGUUUGGAUGUGCAUCAAAGAGUUGGGCAUCGAAGUCGACAUGCGCCACAUCGACAUGUACAAGAGAGCCGAGCACACCCAACCGUGGUUCAUCAAAUUGAACCCGCAACAUACGGUGCCUACCAUCAACGAUGACGGAUUCAUCCUAUGGGAAAGUCGCGCCAUCCUCGGCUAUCUGGUGAACAAAUACGGCAAGGACGACCGAAUCUACCCCAACGAUCCGCAGAAGAGGGCCAUGGUCGACCGAAUGCUCUACUUUGACAUCGGCACCCUCUACAAGUCGAUGGUCGACUACUUUCAACCGAUCCUGUACAUGGGCUCAUCAGGUGAUCCCCAAAAGGCCAACCAAUUGAAAUCGAGCCUCGACUACCUGGACCAGUACCUGGAAAUUGAAGAAUACGUGGCUGGAGAUAAUCUGACGAUCGCUGAUUUGGCCAUUUUGGCAACCGUAACUCACCUGGAAGGUGUGGAGUGGUCGUACAAGUCGUACGAGAACAUUUUCCGUUGGGUCACGAAACUCAAAACGGAAUUGCCUUACUACAACGAGUGCAAUCAAGGAGGUAUCAACAUGUUCAAAGAUUGGGUGAAACUCCGGCGGGAGCAAGCGGCUGCCACGGCCGCUGAAGAAGCCGCAAAAUCCGUCCGCAAAAAUUCACGCACAUAAUGCGUAUGACAAAAAAAAAAAAAAAAAAAAAUGGAAUAAUAAUUAUUUUUUGAAUUAUUUGUUUCAACCGCAUUUCCCCUCCAUAGAUUUGAUGCUGCCAAAAUUUUUUUUUUUCGUUUGGUUCGUUUUUUUUAUAUUUUGUUUUUGUUUUUGUUUUUUCAAAAUUCACUUUUGGGCUUUUUGUAGCAAUUCAAUUGCACUCCACUCCUCCUGCCUUCCCCUCUUUCUUGUUACAUAACAUAGAAUGUCCUCGUUAACGACGAUAGGAUUGUGAUUAAUUAUGUUUGUUUUAAUAUUUGGAAUUAUUCUCCUUUUUCAACCUAAACUAGAUUUAAACAGAAGAAUCAUCAUUUUGUUUUCCUUUUUCUCUGGCCGUUUGCUAACACACAAAGAAACAAACUGAAAGAAAACAACUUCUUAAAAAAGAAAAAAAGAGAAAUGUGUCAUUUCAUCGUCCUUUGAGAAACAGAAAUACAAAGAAGAAAGCACAGCACAUAGAAAACAGUUACAAGAGUCGUAAGUGUAGUAGCUGUGUAGGAAAAAAAAAGGGCGUGCUUCGUUUAUGAUUUUUGU